AUGGCGGACGUUAGCUUUUCUUCUCGUGCUUACGCAAAAAUGAUUUUACACUGUGCCAAAUAUCCUCAUUGUGCGGUCAAUGGAGUUCUUUUAGCUGAAUCACUUAAAACAAAAGGAUCUAAAAACAGUGAAAAUUUAUUAUUUGUUGACGCCAUUCCAUUAUUUCAUAUCUGUUUACAUUUGUCACCUAUGUACGAAGUGGCUCUAACGCAGAUAGAUCAUAUGGCUGCGUCCAAAGGUCUUGUAAUUGCCGGUUAUUACAUAGCAAAUGAAAAUUUUAGGGAUAUAAGUUCAGAAACAGGACACAAAAUUGCUGAUAGAAUUGCUGAAAAUUUUCCUUCAGCUUGUUUAGUCGUUAUAGAAAACAAAAAAUUUCCUUCAUGUCAUGGAGAUUCAAAUGAAGAUUCUCCUUUAAUUGUAUAUCAAAAUGCCGAUGGAAAAUGGAAGACGAAAGAUAAAUCCAGUAUUGAAAUAAGCAAUAAAAGCAUAAGUAAAACUUGUGAAUUAAUGAUGAAGGGAACACAGGAUGUUGUUGAUUUUGAUAAUCAUCUCGAUGACAUAUCCCUAGAUUGGUGGAAUGAUAAUUUAAAUAAAUCCAUUGAAGCAGAAGACUGUAAUUAA